UAUUACCCAAUAGGAGCCCUACCCUGGCUUGAGACCCGUUGGUCCUCGCGGAAGUGGAGUCAUUCAACGGAAAAAAUUAAAUCAUGAGUUUCCAUUACGGUCAGGGCUAUCCAGGAGGGAGUAAUCCCCCACCUGGAGCUCCGUACAAUGGAAGUAGCAGCCCCUAUGGGUCCCGACCCUCUGGUCCUUAUGGAGGUGCUGCGGGGCCACCAGGAGGUCCCUAUGGUGGCUAUGGAGCCCCAAGUCAGGGUGGGCAUUAUGGACCUGGUGCUCCUGGCGGCCCUUACGGCGGCUACAGGGCUCCUGCAGCUAACACGCCCCCUGGGGUUAACCCCGAGGCAUUCCAGUGGUUCCAGAGUGUUGAUACAGACCGCAGCGGCUUCAUCAACCACAGCGAGCUGAAGCAGGCGCUUGUCAACUCCAACUGGUCCACCUUCAAUGACGAGACCUGCCUCAUGAUGAUCAACAUGUUCGACAGGACGCGGUCCGGGCGGAUAGACUUGUACGGCUUCUCGGCUCUGUGGGACUACAUGCAGAGAUGGCGAGCUUUGUUUCAGCAGUACGACCGAGACGGCUCAGGGUCCAUCAGCGGCACUGAGCUCCACCAAGCUUUAGUGCAAAUGGGUUACAACCUCAGCCCCCAGUUUUCUGAGGCUGUGGUGCAGCGCUUCACCAUUAGAGGCGUGCGUCCUGGUAUCCAGCUGGACCGCUUCAUCCAGGUGUGCACCCAGCUUCAGACCAUGACGCAGCAGUUCAGAGAAAAAGACACAAGCAUGACGGGCAACGUCCGGCUCAGCUACGAGGACUUCCUGUCUGGUGCCAUGACGAGGCUCAUGUGAAACCAGUCUUUGUCCCAAUGUCGGGGAGCAACCCUCAAGUCACGUCAGAUACGGUUUUUCUGUUUUGCCAAAAGUGCCUGCUGCACUGACUAUGUUUAAGCACAGCCAACCCACACCCCACAAAGCCCUUCCUGCAGAAAGAUGAGCGUGAAAUUCAUCAUAGACAGGUUGUUAUUACUUUCUAAUAUUCAUCACCUGAAGGUGUUAAGUAAGAGUUAAUGGCCGACGAAGUGUGCAUCAUCACUUUUUAACGCACGCCAUGGAAGCCUGAACCGCGGAGGACGCUUGCUUCUGCGAAGUGCGUUAAAAAGUGAUGAUGCACACUUCGUCGGCCAUUAACCCGCUUAUACCAUGGCCGCUUACAAAACAAUAAAAAUAUUGACCAGUUUUUAGUCCUUAAUUCUCGUUUUUUUCCGAUUUGGAUCGCUUUUCUCACAAAAAGUAACAAAUAGUCUGCGUUGCGCCGCACCACCGCUGCAGUCAAGAUUCGGCUAUAUAUUUAUGCUGAUCAUCACGAUGAGUUGAAUAAAGCAUCAGUUCAGAGAGAAAGUUCACCUCUUACCGCUUGUUUUUGUCCAGAUGAUGAAGCUAAGCUAAAAUUUUAAAGAAGCCAGCGCAGUGAUAAAGAACGUUUAAACUAUGUGAUCGGAACUUCUUUUUUCACCGUGCGGUUAUCCUGUGGUAUAUCACUUUUUAAUGCACACCCAGCACCCAAUCAGAAUCGAGUAUUCACCCGGACCAUGGGAUAACCUGGGGAUGAUGAUCAAUAACAGGCUGUUAUUAGCUAAUAUUCGCUGUUAAAAAUGGUUAGACUAAUAGCAAUUGUACAUAAAUUUCUGUGGUUAUAUGAUGCCUCUUUCAGAGUAAAACUGACCAAAUACCAGUGUCUCACACACUGUAGAGGACAGGAGACUAAACUCCUGCUGCAAUGAACUCUGGGUAGUUUCGAUUUUUUUUUUUUUUUAAUCCAAAUUUUUUUAAUCCAAUUUUUACUCUUAUUUUCAACAUGUAUACUUUAAAUUUAAAUCCACUCUAAAAUAAAGUCAAAUUACAUAUUUUCAGAAUUUACAUCUUCUUUUUUUAAACUGUUUUUUUUAAUUUAAUCUCUUUUUGAAGUAACAUUUCAGGGACAUAUCAUCUUAUUAGUAAGACGUAGUAUUAGUGCCACUGUGAAAGAAAAAUAAUAUUAAUAUACGAGAAUAAAGUUGUAAAAUUAUGAAGAAAAAA